AUGUCCACCCUGUCAGGAAGGCUUGCUGACAGGGUGGACAAGGGCAGGGUGGACAAGGACAGGGUGGACAAUGACAGGGUGGACAAGGACAGGAUGGACAAGGGCAGGGUGGACAAGGACAGGGUGGACAAUGACAGGGUGGACAAGGACAGGAUGGACAAUGACAGGGUGGACAAGGACAGGGUGGAUAAUGACAGGGUGGACAAGGACAGGAUGGACAAUGACAGGGUGGACAAGGACAGGGUGGACAAUGACAGGGUGGACAAGGACAGGGUGGACAAGGACAGGGUGGACAAUGACAGGGUGGACAAUGACAGGGUGGACAAGGACAGGAUGGACAAUGACAGGGUGGACAAGGAUAGGGUGGACAAGGACAGGGUGGACAAGGACAGGGUGGACAUUUGUGAGUUGUCCGAGUCAGCCGAGUCUUCUGAAACUCAAGAAUCUUCUGACAGUGACUCUGAACGAGAAUCAUCCGAGUCAGCCGAGUCUGCUGAAACACAAGAGACCAAUGAGAACGCAGCUGAAAGCACCGACGCUGAUGUCAGCUCAGUGGAAGAGCUGAAUCCUGCCGUGCUCGCCAACUCUAAAGAACCUGGGUCUAAUGACACCACUGUCCCCGCCACUGACGCUGACACUGACGAAUCUGGGCCUGACGAUGACCCUAAAACAGCUAAGCCCCUCUCUGACUCUGACGAAUCUGGGCCUGAUGAUGACUCUAAGGUAGCUAAGCCCGUCUCUGACUCUGACGAAUCUGGGCCUGAUGAUGACCCUAAAACAGCUAAGCCUGUCACUGACUCCGACUCCGACUCUGACGAAUCUGGGCCUGAUGAUGACUCUAAGGUAGCUAAGCCCGUCUCUGACUCUGACGAAUCCGGGCCUGAUGAUGACUCUAAGGUAGCUAAGCCCAUCUCUGACUCUGACGAAUCCGGGCCAGAUGAUGACUCUGAGGUAGCUAAGCCCGUCUCUGACUCUGACUCUGACGAAUCCGGGCCAGAUGAUGACUCUAAGGUAGCUAAGCCCGUCUCUGACUCUGACGAAUCCGGGCCAGAUGAUGACUCUGAGGUAGCUAAGCCCAUCUCUGACUCUGACUCUGACGAAUCUGGGCCUGAUGAUGACCCUAAAAUAGCUAAACCCGUCACUGACUCUGACUCUCACGAAUCCGGGCCAGAUGAUGACUCUAAGGUAGCUAAGCCCGUCACGGACUCUGACGAAUCCGGACCAGAUGAUGACUCUAAGGUAGCUAAGCCCGUCACUGACUCUGACUCUGACUCUGACGAAUCUGGGCCUGAGGAUGACCCUAAAACAGCUAACCCCGUCACUGACUCUGAAUCUGACAAAUCUGGGCCUGAUGAUGACUCUAAGGUAGCUAAGCCCGUCACUGACUCUGACGAAUCCAGACCAGAUGAUGACUCUAAGGCAGCUAAGCCCGUCACUGACUCUGACGAAUCUGGGCCUGAUGAUGACUCUAAGGUAGCUAAGCCCUUCACUGACUCUGACGAAUCUGGGCCUGAUGAUGACUCAGACCCUCUCUGGUUUCAGGAUGUCCUGCUGCAGGUGGCCCGCUCUCUGGACCCUGCAGACCCUCUCUGGUUUCAGGAUGUCCUGCUGCAGGUCGCUGCACUCAGGUUCUGCUCUGAUUCCCACAGAAAGCAGGAACACACUUCCAAAUAA